UGUGUGUGGGUAUGAGGCAAUGGAUGUGAAGAUGAUACAGAGCAAAACAUGAAGGUAUUUGCAUCUAUGCACAUAUAUAGAGAACGAAAGAGAGAUGGAAAGAGGCACAAAAGAAGAAAAUGACUGUCGUCCAGUAACACAAGUUCUUAUUACUGGGAUUGUGAGUUUUAAUCUGAUCAGACAUGCUGGACUAAACCCGGACACGCUGACAGGAGGAACACUCUAGAAACCAUGGCAGGUGGAGUGGUCGACAGCGUCACAUGUGUCCAGCCUCAUCUUAUGCUGGAGCAGGACCUCCGGCACAUUUCCUACGAGCUUUUCCACUCCUGCAUGAUCACCAGCUACAGCUACCUGUUCGCCAACAUCCAUUACCUGGACAAUAAGCAUCGCAUGCUCAGCGGACAGCUCCAUCCAAGCCCCAGAGCACCAUUCGGGAGUGAUUUCAGCCCCUCAGGAGAAGCGAUACUCCCUGAGUGUGAGGCCAAGCAGAGAUCCCGGCCUGUGAACUACAGACGCGCCAUAGCCACAGUGGUUAUCACGGGAGUGAUUUGUGGAAUUGUGUGUUUGAUGAUGUUGGCAGCAGCUGUCUACGGAUGUGCAUAUGCAGCAAUUAAUGCCAAGUAUCAAAGGGAGCUGAAGAAGAAAGCAAAAGAGACGGGUUCAGGAGACAAGCGGAAAAACAUUGAAAGAGAGAAGGACAAGGAACCUCUGGAGUGACGCGAAGAUCGGCAUCACAUGAUGCACAUGAGCACAAAUACACACCAAGGAUACACUUCAGAUUAUCCACAUACUGUAAAGUUCCUUUUAAGGCAAGUCAGUGUACUUGGCAGCCAUAUU